ACAGGAGUAUCGAAGCACACAAGAGUCUCAAACUCCCUGCGGCAGCCAAGACUUCAUCACAGGCCAAACCAGAGCCCAAAAAAAUGUCCAAAGCGGAAAAGAAGGCCGCGAAAUUGGCCGGGGUGCGGAAAAUGGAUGUGGACCCCAGAGACGCCGUACGCACACCUGGGCCUGAGCGAACGUCACCCGCGACUAUGGACGCCUCGGCAGAGACCGAGUACAUGAUCGACGUAUUUGGACAUAUCAAAGCAAUGUUUGAGACAGCCACAGCCUCCGCCUUCCCGUUGCUUGCGAACUCACCCGUUGCGUUAGUACUAUCAACGAAACCAGGCGCACACUACCAGAACAACAGCGCAAUGUCUCUGUACUCUAAGAGUAAAGACUUCCCUGCUGACCAGUUUCCCGCAGAUUCGCCUAUGGACGCAGCUAUGCGUCUGUGUGAGCACUUGCCGUCGUCAGAUGUCGUGGAGAAGGCAGAGGCUGUGAAGGGCUCGACCAUCGCCGUGAUCGUCAGCACAAAAUAUCUCACGCGACAAAUGAACCUGCUGUUCCAAUUGGGCGCCAGACCCCCCAAGGUCAAGGAGGAGGUAGUUGUGGUGGACUAUUCGUCGCCUAACAUUGCCAAACAAAUGCAUGUGGGGCAUUUGCGGUCCACUAUUAUUGGGGACUGCAUAUCCAACCUGUUUGAAUUUAUCGGACACAAGGUGCACCGAAUCAACCACGUGGGUGACUGGGGCACACAGUUUGGCAUGCUCAUUGCACACUUGAAGGAUGAAUAUCCCGAUUUCGAGACCAAUUCGCCUCCAAUUGCAGAUCUUCAGGCGUUCUAUCAAGGAUCCAAAAAGCGUUUCGACGCCGAUGAGGAGUUUAAAACACGCGCAUGGAACGAAGUAGUGCUACUGCAGAAUGGAGACCCCGUGGUAACCAAGGCCUGGCAGCUCAUCUGUGCCGCGUCCAGGAAAGAGUUCGAUGUCAUCUACAACCGACUAAACAUCGUUGGACUCAGAGAGAUGGGCGAGUCCUUCUACCAGUCCAUGAUGGUUGACGUGAUCAAGCACUUUGAAGAGCGUGGGCUGGUGACAAUUGAGGAUGGGCGUAAGCUGGUUUUCUUAGAGGGCAAGGAGGUGCCUAUCACCAUUGAGAAGAGCAACGGGUCGUACACAUACGACACCUCCGACCUGGCCUGUCUGAAGUACAGACUGGAUACGUUGAAGGCUGACUCCGUGAUCUAUGUGGUAGAUGCGGGUCAAUCGUUGCACUUUGAGUUGGUUUGGGGGGCCGCACGCAAGGCAGAGAUAUACGACGAGACUAAAAAUAGAAUCGAACACGUGGCGUUUGGGUUGGUGCUGGGAGAGGAUAAGAAGAAACUCAAGACACGCUCAGGGGAUACCAUCAAGCUAUCGGAACUACUGGAUGAGGCUGUGGAACUAUCGUCUAAGGUGGUUGAUGACAAACAGGCGACACUUGAAGACGACGCUAAGCUGACAGCACAGGAACGUGAAGAUGCCAUUAACGCCAUCGCGUACGGUGCGGUGAAAUACGCCGAUCUGAAAAGCAACCGAACGGCCGACUAUGUGUUCUCAUUUGAUCGAAUGCUGGACUUCCGCGGAAACACGGCGGUAUACCUGCUGUACGCGUACACUCGCAUCAUGUCGAUUGCGCGUAAGGCCGGAGUGUCUGAGGCUGACAUGGCUGCAGAUACCACACCGAUUGUACUGGAACACCCCAAGGAGAUCAAGCUCGCACUGCAUCUGCUACGAUUCCCUGAGAUAAUUGAGCAGUUUGUAGCGGAGCUUAACCCACACGUGGUGUGCGGCUACAUGUUCCAAGCGUCGCAAUACUUCACCGAAUUUUACGAAAACUGUCGGUGUACCGAGGUGGUUGACAGGAAGGUGGUGUCGUAUAACAUGAGCCGUAUCAAACUCACUCGCGCUGUGGCGGUGGUCUUGGCCAAGUGCUUCGACAUCCUCGGCAUGAAGUACGUGCAGCGUAUGUGAGCGCAAACCAAUGGCUGUUAGGGAAGCUAAGCAUAGCGAACGGGCGUGUGCACGUGUACUGUGUAAUGACGCGGGGGUACGUUGUACUUAGGAUUAGGAACUAAUAAAUAACUCCCAAUGUGCUAUUCAAAGCUCGGCCGUAUCCAUGUGGUCAAAUACUCGCACCUUCAAACCCUGGAGAAGCCGUGACACCAAUAGAUACAGAGAGAGGCUAUGAAACCUGCCGUUCGGUUACUCAACAAUAGAUCGGUAUAUACACGCUACAAUUAUGGUCUUAAUAGAAGUUUAAAGCUCGUACAUUGGAUUGACUAGAAGCGUGUAGCGUGACGGGAGUGUCCUCAAAUAAAUAUAUGAUAGCCAA